UCCAUAAAGUGACACUGAUAAUCGUCACUAACAUGGGAUAUCAAGAGAUCAUAUACGAGUUCAAACAAUUUUUUACAAAAGCAGUGUAUGAUUUAAUAUAUAUGCACAAGAUAGUAUCAGAAAAUGCUAUCGAUACCGUCAACAAUAAAUCCAUUUCCGUCAGAUAUCGGGAAGAUACAGAAAUAGCACAAUACAUUCAAAAGCUAGCUGACACAUUUUACUAUCUACUAAAAGAAAAAAUUCUUCGACAAUGCUCCAUUGUAUUCAAAUGCAAUGAAACGUCUAAGAAAGACAUAAAUUAUAACAUCCAGAUUGAGCAAUCGCUUUACAGUCACGAAUAUUCACAUGUAAAAGCAGAUUCGUUACGCGAUGAAUUUACGAAGGCUCUUAUAAAAUUAGAGGAAAACGUCAAAUCCAUUGAAUUUGAAAGUACCAUCGACGGGCAGGGCAACCCCUCUAAAGAAUACGAUUUUGCAGUUUAUUUCUUUACCACUACAAAAAUAAAACAGCCCAUAGUUACUGGGUUGGGUCCCCAGGAAGGCAAUGCAAUGAGCGCAUAUGCAUACGCCACUCCACUGUUGAUUUAUGAAGAAGGUAAGGAGACUCCUCAAUCCGCGCGGGAUUACAUAUACUCCAUAACGUUGGAUACAACUUCUGGAUACAAUGCAACGUGUAGUGAAAUUCCACUCAUGCAGUUUUAUAGGUGCUGAAACACCUUCAAA